AUGGAGGCGGAACUCCAGACACAGAUCCCCGGUCUGGAUCGUGUAAUCUCAGAGUACUCUGUGGGUUACUUGACUCAUGCGUCGAACGCAUAUGUUGAAGAUGCCAACGCCCCAUCGCCACUGGCAGAGGCAGCCGACUCGGUCACAGAGCUGCUCGUCUCUGCCUCUGGAGACUUCUCAGACCAGAAUGCAGAGGCUAUCCGCAACCUCGUGGAGAAGUUCAUCACUGGCCUGAGCGCACGCGAUGGCGUUGACCCGGAGAGGCGGCAGAUGCCUUUCACGGCCAAGAAGCUCGACCAGGCCAUCAACGUCGGAUCUCAGAGGAACAUGUCUUCUACCCUGGGUCUCACAGGCGGCAACGUCGACUUGGAGUCUGUUGGCAGAAAGGUCGAAUCUCGCGUGGACCGCAAGAAGCUCGAGAAGGCCGAGCGAAAGAUUCGUGCCAAGCAGGAGAAGAAGCAGAUGAAGACGGUGCAGUACGAGUCGUCUCGUCUGCUCACGCAGCCCGACGAGGCCAUGUCGUACGAAGAGUUCUUCAUGGCUGUCAACCCGCUCCAGCUCGGCGCCGACAACCAGUCCAAGAGCAAGGAUAUCAGGGUCGAUGGUAUAGAUGUCGCGGUUGGCGGCCAUCGCAUUUUGACCGAUGCUUCUCUUACUCUAGCGUAUGGUCAUCGAUAUGGUCUUGUUGGUCAGAACGGUAUCGGUAAGAGUACUCUCUUGCGUGGCCUGAGUCGCAGAGAAGUUGCCGUCCCGCACCACAUUUCUAUUCUUCACGUCGAACAAGAGAUUACUGGUGAUGAUACCCCUGCCCUUCAAGCAGUUUUGGACGCCGAUGUCUGGCGGAAACAUCUUCUCCAGGAGCAAGAGAAAAUCUCAAAAGAGUUAGCGGCUAUUGAAGCAGAACGGUCGUCGAUGGCAGACACAUCUCAGGACGCUGCAAAGCUCGAUCACGAAAGAGAAGGUCUCGAUAUCACCCUGACUGAUAUCCACAACAAACUCUCAGAAAUGGAAUCCGACAAGGCAGAGUCUCGCGCAGCCAGUAUCCUGGCAGGUCUUGGUUUUUCGCCUGAGCGACAGCAGUACGCUACCAAGACUUUCUCUGGUGGUUGGCGUAUGAGAUUGGCUCUGGCACGAGCUCUGUUCUGUGAGCCUGAUCUGCUCUUGCUGGACGAACCAUCCAACAUGUUGGAUGUUCCGUCCAUUACUUUCUUGUCAAACUACCUUCAAGGAUAUCCUAGCACCGUUCUUGUGGUCUCUCACGACAGAGCAUUCCUGAACGAAGUUGCAACGGAUAUUGUGCAUCAACACUCGGAGAGAUUAGAUUACUACAAGGGCGCCAACUUCGAAUCUUUCUACGCAACCAAGGAGGAGCGCAGAAAGAACGCGAAGCGCGAGUACGAGAGGCAGAUGGCCGAAAGAGCCCACUUGCAAGCUUUCAUCGACAAGUUCCGUUACAAUGCUGCCAAGUCCUCUGAAGCGCAGUCCAGAAUCAAGAAACUCGAAAAGAUGCCUAUCUUGGAAGCCCCAGAGGCCGAGUACAGUGUGCACUUUAAGUUCCCCGAAGUCGAGAAGCUCUCGCCACCUAUUGUGCAAAUGUCCGAAGUUGCGUUCGGGUACACGCCGGACAAGCCUCUCCUCAAGAACGUCGACCUCGACGUCCAGCUGGAUUCCCGUAUCGGUAUCGUUGGACCGAACGGUGCUGGUAAAACUACGGUGCUGAAACUGCUGACUGGUCAACUUCAACCAACCAAGGGUCUCAUCAGCCAGAACUCUAGGCUGCGGGUUGGCUUCUUCGCUCAGCACCACGUGGAUGCCUUGGAUCUCACCACCAGUGCAGUGAGUUUCAUGGCGAAGACCUACCCAGGAAAGACGGAUGAAGAAUACAGAAGACACUUGGGAGCUUUCGGUAUCACUGGUAUGACCGGUCUGCAGCGAAUGGAGCUUCUGUCUGGAGGUCAGAAGUCUCGUGUUGCAUUCGCAUGCCUGUCUUUGACCAACCCUCACAUUCUGAUUCUGGACGAACCUUCCAACCACCUGGAUAUCGAAGGUAUGGAUGCGUUGUCACAGGCGCUGCAGAACUUCGAAGGAGGUGUCGUGAUGGUUUCCCACGAUGUGACCAUGUUGCAGAACGUCUGCCGUAGUCUCUGGGUUUGCGACAAGGGUACAGUGCAGCAGUUCGAUGGUAACGUCGAAGCGUACAAGAAGAUGAUCAGUGCGCAGGCCAACGAGGCUGGUGUGGCUAUUGCCCAUUAA